AGCCAGGCGCCGCUUGAUGACAUCACGGAGCCGGAAGUAGGCGCUAAGAUGGCGGAUCUGGCCCGGCAGCUCCAGGAGUAUGUGGCGCAAAGCAAGUCGGGUAAAAGCGGUUCGGUUCCCUCCGGAGCAGCCAGCCCCCCGGCCGGGGAGAGAGCCGAGCCCGCAUGGAAGGCAUGGAUAGGCCAACACGUCCCGACCCUCAGCGCUCUGGAGGCCGACCCCCUGCUGCCCGGGCUAUCCGGCUCCCAGAGACUGGCCGGGGCGGGCCUGUGUGUGGCUGUGGCCGCUCUGUGCUUCGGCCUGUCCGGUAUGUAUGUGCCCAUCCUGCUGCUCCGGGCCCGCAAGUUCGCCUUGCUCUGGUCCCUGGGCUCCGUGCUGGGCCUGGCCGCUGCCGCUCUCCUGCGGGGCCCCAGCCGCCUCCUGCGGGAACCCGAGCCCUGGAGCCUCAUGUACCUGGCCGCCCUGGGGGGCACUCUGUACUCCGCCCUGGGGAUCCGCAGCACCGGCCUCACUGUGCUUGGGGCAGCCGCUCAGAUCCUCACCGCGGCCGGGCUGCUCCUGGGCCUGAUCCCCGGCGGGGCCCUAGGGAGGCGCUAUAUCGGCAGCCUGUGCGGGAGCAUGAUGCGCAGGGGCGUGGCCAAGGCGCUGCCGGUGUGAUUGGAUUAGGCCCCGCCCAUGAGGAAACUGACAAUGAGGAACCAGUUGAUAAAGCCGGGGCCCCUGGACUAAUCAUGGGGUGUGGAGCAGGUUUCAGUGCAUUGCCCCUCCUGGGGCAGUAGGUUUGAUCUACCUGUGGGAUAUGGGCCCUGUCCCAGCGACUUCCCAGGGGACCCAAACGGUGGCGGUGGGCUCGGUUCCGAGCUGGGUUCCAGACUCUGGUGCUGAGAUCUCAAGGCCCGGCGUGGGUACAGCAAAUGGACUCCGUGGGACUAGUGAUUGUGGGGCUGAUAUUCUGCCCUGACUGGCGGAACCAAGUGCCUUCCCUGGCUGCCUGUCAGCCCCCUGCCCGCAGCGACUGGCACAGACUCAGGGCUAGCGGGUACUGCUUUAUGGCACAGUAGAUUGGAUAGUAAUAAAGGCGCAAUCUCUCA